ACCCCAGCGAAGCACGGCCCGCGCCUGAAGAAAUUUCUUUUCUUUACAAAGGUGCUGGGAACAACAGUUUUUAUUGACUUUUCUUUCCGGUUAGGGAGCCACCCUCGUACUAUCUGUGGUUUGCUCAACAAGAACAGCUACGGUCUUCCUCCACCGCGCCUUACUUUUUUCGGUUAGUUCCCUGUAGGUGUGUGCGGCUUGCAGGCGUGCGCACUUGCCUGGCCGGGCUUGGCGCCGGGGUGGGGAUUUCUAGCAUCUCUGUGGGUUUCGGUGGGGCUUAAUAGCGGUCAGCUUGCCUGCUCCGAGAGAGAAGAGCAAGACACCAAACAUUUCCCCCUCGAGUUGCUCUGAGUGUCCCGCCAAGCUUAGCUUGGGGGGUAAGCGUAGCCCGGGUGUAUUUCGCAGGCUCACUAUUUGCAAAAGUUGUGGCCCGAGAACUUCCAGGUCGCCAGCCGGAACGUCGCAAGAGGGGCGGGCGGCCCUGGAGCGUGCGCGCCACCCACCGCCGCCCUGGGCGGCCGCCCGGCCCCGCCCCGGGUCCCAGGGCUGCUCACCGCUCCGCAGGGGCUGGGCUGGGGGAGGAAGGGGGAGCAUGAGGCGGGCGGGGCGCAGGGCGUGCCACGUUCAGCCCCAGGAAUUCCCUCGGGUCCAAGGUGUGCUCGGGUUGACGACGUGCUCGGGCCGGUGCCUGUGCUGUCCGGGUGCCGGGUGUACCAACAAACACACCAUAGGAGCUUUGUGGAUUCAAAGGAUUUGCUUUCGCUUCUGAAAGAGCCGCUAUUCUUUGAUGAUUGGGUAGCGGCAAACUUCAAAGCCAUAAAUCUUCCCUCUGACUGGCUGGCGGCCCAGCAAAGUCCUUAUCAAAUUCUUGGAGGUGAGCCUGAAGCGCUCAGACCGCUCGCGGGGCGAGCGAGCGGGUUGCGGCGAGGGGCGCGGGCGGGGAGGGCCCCUGCGCGCAGAGAGGGCGCCCGGGAGGGACGCUAAGGCGGCCCUUCGUCCUCGCCUUCGGGUCUCCAUGCCUCAGCAGCGCCCUGCUCCUCAGCCAACGGCCCGCAAGCCAUAGCCAUGGCCGCCGUGGCCGUCCUCCGGAACGACUCGCUGCAGGCCUUCCUCCAGGACCGCACCCCCAGCGCCUCCCCAGACCUGGGCAAGCAUUCGCCCCUGGCGCUGCUAGCCGCCACCUGUAGCCGGAUUGGCCAGCCGGGCGCUACGGCGCCCCCGGACUUCCUGCAGGUGUCCUACGACCCCGCGCUGGGCUCGCCCUCCAGGCUCUUUCACCCAUGGACCGCCGACAUGCCGGCGCACUCGCCCGGCACGCUGCCAUCCCCGCACCCCAGCCUGGGGCUGACGCCGCAGAAAACGCACCUGCAGCCGUCCUUCGGGGCGGCGCAUGAGCUGCCGCUUACACCCCCUGCAGACCCCUCGUACCCCUACGAGUUCUCACCGGUGAAGAUGCUGCCCUCGAGUAUGGCGGCGCUGCCCGCCAGCUGCGCGCCCGCCUACGUGCCCUACGCGGCCCAGGCCGCGCUGCCGCCCGGCUACUCCAACUUGCUGCCGCCGCCCCCGCCGCCUCCGCCGCCCACGUGCCGCCAGCUGUCCCCCAACUCGGCCCCCGACGACCUCCCGUGGUGGAGUAUCCCGCAGGCCGGCACCGGUCCGGGAACCUCGGGGGUUCCGGGGGGCAGCCUCUCCGGCGCCUGUGCGGGGGGGCCCCACGCGCCCCGCUUCCCGGCCUCAGCGGCCGCCGCGGCCGCCGCCGCCGCCGCCGCGCUGCAGCGGGGCCUGGUGUUGGGCCCGUCGGACUUCGCGCAAUACCAGAGUCAGAUCGCUGCGCUGCUGCAAACCAAGGCCCCCCUGGCGGCCACGGCCAGGAGGUGCCGUCGCUGCCGCUGCCCCAACUGCCAGGCGGCGGGCGGCGCCCCGGAGGCAGAGCCGGGCAAGAAGAAGCAGCACGUGUGCCACGUGCCAGGCUGCGGCAAGGUGUACGGCAAGACGUCGCACCUGAAGGCGCACCUGCGCUGGCACACGGGCGAGCGGCCCUUCGUGUGCAACUGGCUCUUCUGCGGCAAGAGCUUCACGCGCUCGGACGAGCUGCAGCGGCACCUGAGGACUCACACAGGCGAGAAGCGCUUCGCCUGUCCCGAGUGCGGCAAGCGCUUCAUGCGCAGCGACCACCUCGCCAAGCACGUCAAGACGCACCAGAAUAAGAAGCUCAAAGUUGCAGAGGCCGGAGUCAAGCGGGAGGACCCGCGGGACCUGUAAGCCCACCCGGGGGCGCCUCGAUGCCUCUCCUGCCUCGGGCUCCCUACCCAGCACCUCUUCGGAGAGGUUCCGGUGGCCUGUGGGCAGCCGGCCGAGAGGAGACCCAACUGAGGCACUUACUUGCCCCUUCCUGCUUGCCCGCCUCCCAAAAGCGAUGCCAGGUCUCCAGCUCCCUGGCCGGCCUGCGGACAAGGACCGUGUGCCCAGGAAGAGCAGGGGAGGUAGGGUUGAGAGCUCUGUGUCACGAAAGAGCAGUUUCAGGCUCUGAACCAUUCCCACCAUCUGAGAGACCUACAGUUUGGGGGGACUACCCUGGGCUGACCUUUGUAUAUAGGAAACGCUGCUGAAAUCAAAGCGGAAGAACCUUGAGAGAUUUAAAAUAGUGCUGUGUUUUUUGCUAGGACUGGGCCGGGCUUUGUACAGGUUAUUUAAUAGCUUUCUUAAAGAAUAAUUAUAAUAAUUAUAACAUUAAUUAAAAUGUUACUUUUGUCCUCAGCUCCAUGCAGAGCUACAGCAUGAAAUGUCUCUGUAAAGCAAUCAGCAGUUGCAGCGUGAAAAUAAAUACGUUAACUCCGGGGUCACCUCGGGAAGACCCCGCUGAGCCGGUCUCAUUUGAUCUUUUCUCCUUCCGGGAGGCUUUACAAAGCUGUCAGGUUUCACCGGGAAUUUGAAGGCUCCUGUAGGCUGCCUCUGUCGGAGACUUCUUUGGUUUGGAAGGUUCUGGGCAAGUGUGUCGGGUGCAAAGAUGCAGAAAGUAGGAGGGCAGGGUCAGUUUUGUGGUAAAGAGAUUAGGGCAAGAUUUUCCAGUCCCACCUUGAGUUUCUCACGCGGCCUUAGGACUUGACCAGAGACUGUCGGGCUUCUCUUAAAAGUUGAUACCUGCUGCACAUACAAUACACGAUCUUUUUAUCUGGCGAAUUGCCUGUGGCUUUCCAUUUGUUGGUACUCUCAGAGGUCACAGGCGAGCUGCGCUUCCUCCUGGCAGCCGGCUAUGCUGCUGUCUGUAGGGGUACUGCUAUCUCGAGGAUCUGUUCACAGAUGAGAUUUUGGAGAGUUACAGAGAAACUAGGGGCCCUUGUUCAGGUUGGUCUUUGCUUGGGAAAGAAGCGGCUCUCCUGUAUUUCAGCCCCGUCAUGAUACACAACCUUGUCUUGUUUUCUUCUUAAUCCUCUUGCUGUGGCAAUCUUACCAGUCUUGUUUCACAAUAGCCUCUUAGGGAUUUCUGUUUAGGCCUGGAAGUUUAGUUCCAUUUUGUGUCUUGGGACUUUAUUUUUUCAAUCACUGCAGUAGACUAAGAUUUUCUCAGGGAGGAGCCAGGAAUACUCAUAUCUAGGUUUCUCACCUGUCUCUAAAAUGUGAAGUUUUAAAUGUGAAGUUCACAAGUGUUUUUUCAACUCGGCUGACUCCUGGAUGUUUUCUAAUAUGUGAGUUUUUAACCUGAAACCAAAACCUUAAUCUUCUGAUUUAGAACUAGCAAAGAAAAGAAGUUGUUCUCAAUUUUGUUACUAUGUUAAACUGGCUGGCAUCAUUAAUGCCAAAUUUCAAUCGAACUGAAUAAUUUUUUCAUGGUAGUAGAAGUAUAUAAAUUGAUAGGAUUUCACAGUUUACACACUGCUGUUACCUUGCCUUUCGUUUGAAGUCAAACUGAAGGGUAAGUUCUUAAAAACCAGGAGGGUUGUGCUUGAGACUUACUGUAUUAAGUAAAACUCAACCAGCAACAUAGUUGAGAUGAAAAUUACUUUUAUACUCCUAAGAAAUAGCAUUUUUACUUUGUAACUUGGGACAAGGUGGUAACUACUAAAAUCAUUGUGGGACUAUGCCUUAGAACCUGUUACUCUCAUUAGAGAUUUUGGAACUAUUGAAUGACAAAAUGGAAUGUGAGUCUUUAGGGUUCUUUACCUGGAAAGGGCAGUUUGGGCUGGCUAAAUUCUCAAGGCUGUGACAGUUUUGCAAGCAAUAGCAAUAAGACAGUUGCUACACAGUAACAUUAAUAUGCAUUUAAAUGUGUAAUAUUAAUCAACAUCAAGAUUGUUGAGAAUAAUUUCUAUGAAGAGUUGCAGAAACUCUCACAUCUGAACCAUGCCCUGGGAUUGACUUCAGAGCCAGAAAAGGUUUUUUGGCAGAUGACAGGGAAAGAGGAGUCCUUGUUAGAGAGUGAAAAGACCAAGGGCUUUCUUUGGAAAAUUUGAAACGAUUCUCUCACGUGAAAGAAAAUGCCCUUGGUAGAGAAAGAAAACUGGCAAUUUUGAAGUGACUCUACUAGCUAUUAUUGACAGCUACGAUCAUUUAGCAUCCAAACAGGUGAAGUGUGGAAGAUAAAAUUUCCUUAUAACUUUAACUUUGUUGUUAAGAGAGAAAAUAGGUAAGAUGUAUGAAAUUUUGUAUCUAAACAGAUAAGGUGUUUAAGAUAGUUUUCCUAUAACUUUGUGGUGGUUAAGAGAAAGAUAAAAUAUAUGGAAUUUAUCUAAAAAUACAAUAUUUAUAAUUUUAAAAAGCAGAAUGAAGUCAUUUGAUGACAAAUCACUUUCUUAGUUUUUAGGUAAUUGAACCUGCAAAUUUUAAAAGUUUGGUAAAAGUAUAGACUCUAGACUAAAGACUGUUCCUUAUUGUCAGUGCAAAUCUGUGUUCCAAUUACUUUAGAAAAAAUAUUUAUGCCAUUAUCCAAAUAGAAGCCAGGAAGUCACAAUAAUGUGAUAUUAUUAUCCAAGUGUAGGAAAACAUUUCAUGUUUAUACUGAAAAAUAAGCUAAUAAAUGCUCAGAAAUACAAGUUUGACAAUGAAGAAAUGUAUUAGAUUCUGUAAGCUUUUAAAAUGUGAACUGCUGCUGCAUGCUUUAUUUGGUUCAUAAAACUGCAACCUACUAUGGUAUUAUCCAUUUAUAACUUUAAAAAAUUAUUAUAAAAUAAAUCAGUAUCCAAGAAAUAGAUGCAUAAAUGAUGUAAAUUAAGCACAUUUAAUUUAAUUUUAAUGACAUUCAAAUUAAAAGAAGUUCAGAAGCAAAUUACUUUUAAAUGUAAACUGAAAUUUAUUUUUUAUUUGGAAUUUUGCCAUCAUCAAAAAAGAAAGUUUAAUCCACCAACUGAAUUCAAGGCUUUACUUAAGAACCCCAGAACCAAAUUCAAUUGAGUUAAAAACCAAUUGAAGAAACUGUGUUAAUGAUGGCCUCAAAUGUCAAUAGACAUUUUGGUUUUUAAGCAACUGUUUUAGUAGCAUGCAAAUAUAAUGCAAAGUGUCAUAUUUUAGAAAAUUCUAAAGUAAGUGUGAUAUGAUUACAUUGUUUAACACAAUUGAUAAAUGAACCAUUUGACCAAAAACUUGGAAACAUAGAGAAAUUGAGUUAUCAGUAAUUUAGGUAAUUUGGAAUUAUAUGUUUCUGAACUUAUUAACAACACUGUAUAGUUUUCUGCUUUUCUCAAGGGAAAAUUGUACAAAUUUGUCCUUUGCUGACCACUAAUUUGGAAUAGUUUUGGUAAUGAAUGAAAGUAAAUUAUGUUAAAGAAAAUACAGCUACAUUAUUCACCAUCGUGUUAAAUAAGUCUUUUCUAGUUUCAGUUAGAGUUUAAAUCUUAUAACUAUGUUGUGUAUGUUGUUUUAACUUAUUUUCCCUUAAGUCAAUCAGACAACACAUGCCUAUUUAAAAAAUUAACAUUGAUGAGAUUGCUUCUGGCAGAAACCUACAUGAAACAGUAUUUGUAGAAAAGGCAGUUUUUCACCCCAAUUUCACUCCAUUUCUAUUUUAAUACUAUUGGGUUUUAGAUAUUCAGUUUAAAGCAGCAUCUUCAGUGUUUCCCAUCUGUUUUGGUUCUGCUGUGAGACUUUCACAGAACCUUUAGCGGUAGCUAUAUCUUCACACUAACGUGAACACCUACUAAGUUGUUUAGGGCUCUAAAAUUGCAAACCACUUUUACUUGUGUUAGCUAACCACAUUAAAUAAUGACAAGUUGUGGUAAAUUGACAUUAUCUCACUGGGAAAUCAUCUGUUGUGGAAUCAGAUUCAAACCUCAAGCUUUGUUUUCUAGUAAAUGUGAUUAUGCUUUGCUAAUGUCCCAAAUUGAGGGCCACUCAAAACAAGUCAUACUAAUGUUCUAUGAAAUAUCAUUUCCUUCCUCUGGUUUGCAUGGUAGAGGGGAACUUAAAAGAGUAUGAAACCAAGGGCAGCUUUGACAUGAGGACAUGUGCCAACAUAGUUUGAUAAACUAGGAACAAAUAAGGAAAACAUCUAGAUAGAAAGAUGUAUGUUGGUAAUGAGACAUAUAUUUAGAUUAAUACACCAAAAUGACAGGUUUCAGUAUUGGGCCAGUAUAAUUGUAACCUGAUUCAUGUGGCAUUCAAUAUAUAUAAACAGGGACUUUCCUGGUUGCGCAGUGGUUAGGAAUCCGCCUGUUAAUGCAGAGGACACGGGUUCAAUCCCUGGUCCAGGAGGAUCCCACAUGCCGCGGAGCAACUGGGCACGUGUGCCACAGCUGCUGAGCCUGUGCUCUGGAGCCCGCGAGCCACAACUACUGAGCCCAUGUGCCACAACUACUGAAACCCGUGCGCUUGGAGCCUAUGCUCUGCAACAAGAGAAGCCACCGCUGUGAGAAGCCCGCACACCGAAAGGAAGAGUAGCUCCCGCUCGCUGCAACUAGAGAAAGCCUGUGCAUGGCAACGAAGACCCAACGCAGCCAAAAAUUUAAAAAAAAAAAAUGUGUA